AAAUUUUGCGAUACUUGGCCCGCAGCGACAUUUGCAUUUUUUAACUAAAACCACGAGGAACUGGAACAAGAACAAGUACAAGAAGCAGUACAAGAACAAGAACAAGUGCAUAAGUAAACCUAGUAUAAUAUGACCGAUUCGGAAUUGAAGAAGACUAAGAAAAUUGCAUUCAUUCAUCCUGAUCUUGGAAUAGGAGGAGCAGAAAGAUUAGUGGUAGAUGCAGCAGUUGGACUUCAAGAUCUCGGUAAUGAAAUUAUAAUCUUUACAUCACAUUGUGAUAAAACUCAUUGUUUUGAAGAAGUUAGUAGUGGACAAUUAGCAGUUGAAGUAUAUGGAGAUUUUUUACCAACUAAUAUAUUUAAAAAGUUACAUAUUUUCUUUGCAAUUUUAAGACAAUUUUAUUUAACUAUUCGAUUAAUUAUUUCAGGUAAGAUUAAAGAAUAUGAUUAUUUUAUAGUUGAUCAAUUAUCAUUUUGUAUACCAUUAUUAAGUCAUUUUAGUGAAGAUAAAUGUCAAGUAUUAUUUUAUUGUCAUUUUCCUGAUCAAUUAUUAUCUAAAAGAGGUGGUUUAUUAAAGACAUUGUAUAGAGUUCCAUUUGAUACAAUUGAAGAAUGGACCACCGGAUUUAGUGAUAGAAUUGUUGUAAAUUCAAAUUUUACAAAGGGAAUAUUUCAUAAAACUUUUAAAAAUUUAAAUUAUAUAGAACCAGGAGUAAUUUAUCCAUGUGUUGAUACAGAAAUAAUUGAAGAUGAAAUUUCUGAUAAAGAAGUAAAGACAUUUUUUAAUGGUAAUAAAUACUUUUUAUCAAUUAAUAGAUUUGAAAGGAAAAAGAAUAUUGAAUUAGCCAUUAAAUCAUUUGCAAAAUCAAGUAAAUUACUUCGAGGACUUACUAAACCAAGAUUAGUAAUUGCUGGAGGUUAUGAUUCAAGAAUUGCAGAAAAUGUUGAAUAUCUUAAUGAAUUAACAAAUUUAUGUGAAAAUUUAAAAUUAACUAGUUUUACAAUUAGAGGUAAAUUAAUUAUUAUGCCACCAGCUACAGAUGUAUUAUUUUUACCAUCAAUUAAAUCUUCAUUAAAAUCUUCAUUAAUUAAACAAGCUGAACUUUUAUUAUAUACUCCAUCAUUUGAACAUUUUGGAAUUGUUCCAGUUGAAAGUAUGCUUUUUAAAACUCCUGUAUUAUGUGUAAAUAAUGGAGGACCAAUAGAAUCAGUUGUUAAUUAUAAUGAAAAUAUUAAUAAUGAAAAUGAAGCAACUGGUUAUACUGAAGAACCAGAUUAUGAAAAAUGGGCUAAAAUUAUGAUUAGAUAUUAUAAUGAAAUUGAUCCUAAAAUUAAAAUUAAAUUAGGACAAAAUGGUUAUACAAGAGUUUUAAGUAAAUUUUCUAGACAAGAAACAAGUAAAUCAUUUUGGAAAAAUCUUGAAGAAACAACAUCAAAUAAUUCUUAUAAGAAAGGAUUAAUUUAUCAAAUUUUAAAGAAUUGGCAAUUAGAUUUACUUGUAUUAGUAAUUGGUUUAAUUGUAUUUAGAAUUUUAUUUAUAUAAUCAUUAAUAGCAUUAAAUAUAGAAAA